AUCCGUGAACAGUUUUUCAGAAGUAUGACAGAAAUUGCAGGAUUUUGGGAGUUAGAAGGCGAUAUUUCACGAGCUACUGGAUUUCCUAAGCAUGUUUUGCGAUUCAUUUUGUCAUUAUUUUUAGGUUACCCAUUAGGGAUUGUUUACAGAGCUGUGUUCAAGUCACUGAAUCACACAAUUCAGCAUGUCUACUUUACUGCAUGUGGACUGAGCAUUAUGUAUUUUUGUUUUGGAUGGAAUUGCCUUCACUCUUUGCUGAAUAUUACAAUUAUUUAUUGCCUGAUGUCUUUUUGUGGUCCUACAAUGRCAACUGUUAUUCUGUCAUUUAUCACAAACAUGGUGUAUCUUCACAUAGCAUAUGCAGUGAGACUGUAUGAUGAAUUCAUGUUGGACUGGUCUGUACCUCAUUGUAUACUGUGCUUACGAAUUACAGGUAUUGCCUGGGACUAUUAUGAUGGCAACAAUUAUAAUAACAAUGAGAUAUCUGAAGACAUGAAAACAACAAGAAUAUUUCAAGCUCCUACUAUUCUUGAGAUGACUGGAUAUUGCUACUUCUAUGGAGGGGUUCUCACUGGGCCACAGUUCCCAAUAAGGAAAUAUCUUGCAAUGGUAGAUGGGACUUUAGAAGACAAAGAUGUAAAUAGUUGGGAAGGUAUUUGGUAUGGUCUCCAGCGACUAGCCCUAGGAGUGGUUUAUCUCAUUUUAUUUUCCUUACUGUAUCCUAAAAUGCAUGCCAAAUACUUUGUCUCAGAAUGGUAUGAGAAUAUUCCAUUGUUACAUCAAUGGUGGUGCAUCAUUUGGUUCCAAGAAUUCCUAUGGAUGAAGUAUUUAGGGUUGUUCCUAAUAUCAGAAGGAAACUGUAUCGUCUCUGGUCUAGGUUAUAACGGCAAGACAGAGGAUGGGAAAGCAAAAUGGGAUGGUGUUACCAAUAUGAAGAUUCUUAGUUAUGAAACAUCCUACACUGUGCAGGUUAGUUAUCCAUCCUACCAUUCAUGUGUCUUUUAAUCCAUUCAUUCAUUCCUCGCUUCUGUCAUAAUUMAUAAUUAAUGAGCUCCAAUAAGGGUUGUCUAUUUGGUCAAGUGAUUGAACUUUUAAAUCCUUUAAGCCACAAGGAAAAAGUCUCAGAUUUAUUAGUAUAAACAUAUUAAUGGUCUAUCACUCAUACUGCGCUGUUAUUGGCUACUCUACUAAUGGUCUAAUCAAAAAUUAAACAAGACUUACCUGUAAGUUGAAGUUUGAUUGGGAUUCUGCCGAGUCAUCRUUAGCACAAGAAGUCACGUGAGAAAGCACUAGCCGACCGAGUAGUCAGUCUUUAAAGCCAUGAGUGGCAAUCAGCACAAACAAGAAGUCUGGGUGGGUACAUUCCACAUCAUGGGUGUGGUGUGACUUUUUGUGCUAAUGAUGUAGCCUGAGUAUCAGGCUCUCUSGAGGCCUCUCUCUCCUUUCUUGCUCCGCCCCAAACCCCUUCGAGAGAGCCUGAUACUCMGGCUACUAAUAAUGACUCGGCAGAUUCCCAAUCAAACUUCAACUUACAGGUAAGUCUCGUUUAAUUUUUGAUUCUGCCUCGUCAUAACGCACUGCAAAGUCACGUGAGAUUUCAAAGCAAUUGAUUGCACACGAAUGAAUAAACAUUCAUUUACAUAACUUGUUUGUUUAAUCUAACAACAUUAUAAAUAAGUUACACGUUAAAUUGACAAAACACUGUCUUUUCUGUCUCGAUGUGUUUAUCAUAAAACUUUGCAAAAGUUGCAGCUGAACUCCACCCUUCUGUAUUCAUAAUCUCAAGUAGGGAAGCUUUGUUUGCCUUAGCCUUAGAUGUACAUGUAGCUGCUGCUCUAACACUAUGAGGUUUGUACACAUUAAUGUCAACCCCAGCAUUCAUCAUAACUUGAUGAAUCCAUCGUCUGAUUGUGUCUCUACUUGCAUUCUUGUGAGGUUUCUGGUAUGUGAGAAAAAGUUUGGUUUCCUCACCUCUAACUGAACUUGUCUUGUCUAAAUAAAUGGAACAUGUGUGAACAACACAAAGUUUCUUGAGGAUAAGCCUUUAACUUAAUAAUGAGUUGCGAUUGUGAUUUUGUAGGUUUACUUUGCUUCACAUUAUCGUUUAACAUGAAUACAUAUGGUAUCAGGUUAUUUCGCACAAGAGACCGUUCGCACAAGUCGUUUCGCCCGAAGUUUCGGACCGUUCGCACAAUUCUCAUAUCGAUGGAUAGUCAUUUCGCACAGAAAAUAAAACGCCUCAAAGAAAGAUACGAAAGAUAUAUCAAUCUACUCACUUUCGAUGAAAUCUUAUGGCUUUUAAUUCAAUAUUUAUGGAAAAAAUUUCAACGAACUCGAACGYGACACUAUUAAAAACGACGACUCAACAACUUGGUUUUGUACGAGCACUACACUGGAUGAGAAAAGAAACACACAUGUUUCUCUAUUUAGAGGAUGAAUAAACCCAAUUCUCUUUAAUUCCUUAUAGUUGAUAACUGAUUAACGGUUACUAUAACUGUUUAUAACGACAUUUGUAUGGCUUUUUCAAUCACGAACGCGAUAUUCUAGAACACUUGAUCACUUGAGACAACUUUAUUACGCGCGACUUGGUUAAAAUUUGUAAAUUUCCAACAUGUCCAAAUACUUGGAUAAUCGAGACUAGAGUGAAAUUAGUAAAAGCGUGCCAAAUCAACCGUCAAAAGCUGUAUUUAGGUAGUCUUUUCUACUGGGGMUGUAAACAAACAGGCAAAGUUUUGUAAAUGCAUUUUUAAGGCCAUUUCUUAAACUUUUUGAAGCGCGAUUGUCGAGUGACCAUCACCUGAGCUUCGAAUAUGCUUGAAAUUUAGCUUCAACAUCGUGGCGAUUAAAAAUCAAACGAUCUGGAUCUGUUUUUCCAGUGAUUUACUAGUAGCAUUGCUGUACAUACCAGUUUGUGUCGAAGGAGUUCAAUAUAAAUCGGCGCGAGGCGACGAACUUCAAUUUAUUCCCUACUCGACCACGUAGCCAUUUUACGUAGAUUUGAAGUUUUAUAUCAAUAAAAUUAAGAAAUAGCGUCCUCUAAAACAGUGGAAGAAAUAAAAUCUUGAACGUUCGCCAUCUACAAAUUCUAGUAAAACAUUUUUGUGUAGUUUUCUUUGACUUUGUUCCUUGUCCAGCCUAAGCGUGUUUCUAUUAGCGUGUUUCUAUUAGCGUGUUUCUUCUAGCGGAUUCAUAUUCAGAUAUUUCAUCCUAAUAAGUCUAACUUGAAAGACAUCAACAACAAUUUUCGAAAUGGCAAAGAAAAAGCCGAACCAAACAGGAUAAACAGAACAACAAAGGCAGGAAAGAAGGAGAGAAAAACGCGCCRACCGCGGUACCGCGUUCGAUCGAUUGUGUAUACAAAUUCAGAAACACUGUUAUUUCAAGCUAGUAAUAGGCGAUAUGCAUUAUGGCGUCAUUUACUACAACUACCAGAAUGCUUUGCCAACUUUCGUUUGUGAU